UUUUGUUCUCGAGAUAAUCAAGUCCAAUUUUGGCCUUUUCAGAAUUGCUUUUCUAUCAGAAGUUCAAAAUCUACACUUAAGAAUGGAAUUUGUAAUGUUAGUUUUAUAAAAUGUAGAUAUGGAAACAGUUAUGUUACAUUUUUUAGGGUAACAUUCAAUGUAGUCAUUUUGAAACACAAAAAUUAAAUAGAUAAGGAACUCAACAGAACUGACUGUUUCCAGAAUUGAAAAUUUUCAUGCAAAAAUUUUUAAAAAUGUCCAUUCAUGUGAAGAUUUUGGACCUUGAUAAAUUUUAAAAAUUUGAAUCGUGGUCCCCAAUAAGAGUAUAAACCAGGCCAGAGAUAAAAUAUUUAUGUAGGCUACACGUCCCGAUUGACCCUGAAAAAUUAAUAUGAAUUAUUUAUCUAUAUAUAUUUUUUUGAACAAUUCGAAAUUUUAAUAAAUUUUAUAUAUAUAUAUAUAUAUAUAUACAUGUAUAUAUAUAGAAAUUUUCAGAAAAAAACCUUUUAUUAUCAUAAUGAUAAAUAAUCUAAAGUUCAUUUGAAUUUUUUGGGUCUUUAGGACAAUGGCAAACCAAUGAUAUUUUAUUUCUGGUCCUAUGUUUUCAUUUUUUCCCAGCAUUGCCAGGAACAGGUGAGUUAGAAAUGUAUGUUAAAGGCAGGAAAAAUCAACCAGAGCCAUUAUAUAGGGGAAAUAUCCAAUUGACAUAAUUACAAAUGCUUAAGAACCUUGUAUCAAGUGGUUAAAACAGAAAUAUAAAGGACAAUUGAGGCUUCCAAAGGGGAAUUUUAGAAUUAAAGGGAAGGAACUCAAAAGGAAGCGUUGUAAGAAAAUACAGGGUAAAUAUGUAAAUAAACGUAUUCAAAUGAUUUACCAAAAAACAAACAUGAGUUAUGUUGUAGCCAUCUGAUAUAUUUUUCUUGGGGUUCCCUGUUGAAAAAAGGGCAAUGAAUUAAUAUAUGCAAGGGAGACAAUUUAAGAAAAAAACAUUAAGUUUAAUCUUAAUGUGGUUCUAUAAGUUGAUCUCUGGUAUAAAGUAUGCUUUAAUUAUUUGUUACAGUAUAUGAAUGUAAAUAUGUUUUUGAUGGUCUGAUAAUGUCAUUCAUUCUCCUCCAAUAAAUUCUUCAGAAAUUGUUGUCAUUAUCAAAUUUUUACCAAGUCGAAAAACAAUUUCUGGACAAUUACACGAUUGAUGACAUUAUGGGCCAUUCAAAAACAACAUUAUUUAACAUAAUUACAAAAUGUCAUGUAAAAAUAUUACUGAAUAUUACUACAGCCGAGAUGUGUGAACAUACAUUGUUUUAAUACUAUAAUUAGCAUAUAAAGAGAAUUCAUUUCAUCCAUUUGAAAUAUUAUAUAUAUCCAUGUACAGUGCAAGCCAAUUCUAUAUUUUGACAUAUUAUAUCUAAAUUCAAUGAAAGGACUUUUAAUUCAUUGAAUUAGUAAAACCUCUAAUUAAAAAAACUUACAUACUAAUUAUAAUUCUAUAAUCCAUGAAAUUUGAAUUCAUGAAUAUUUUGAAUUAUUCUUAUGGUAUGUCACUGAAGUGACUGAGCUAGCUUCGUACCUAUCUUGAUCAUAAAUUGAUUUUCUCUCAUUUUUUGUAAGCACCAAUUCUUUGAAAAAUAGAUAUAAUUUGAGUAGACAUAUUAUUUGGAAAUGAAUUGAAGCUCGGACAGGAGAGUUAAAAACUGCUUUAAAAAAAAGGAUUUUUGAGUUUAGAGUUGAUGAAAGGUUGAAUAGUUAGUUCAUUCUUUUGUUUGAUAUAAUACUGUUUGAUAUCUGUAAUUCAUUUAUUGAAUGAAGAUUUGAUUACAAUGACAAACAAUUCUUUCAAAGCUUUCUAAUCAAUAAGUGAAUCAGAGCCCUUGACUUUUCAAAAUAACCAUUUUCUUUGUUCAACAUUCAAGCCUCAGUGGUCUACAACGUUUAGAUGCUUUUCAAAUUUACAAUCUUUGUACAUUAUGGAUUAAGGAAAUUGCAGACAAACUUCUGAAAAAGACUUAGGCCUAAUUACCCAAUGUUAAAACUGCAAUGACAUUGAUUAUUUAGAGAUGAUUCUUGCCGCUUGCUUGCUUUGCAUAUUGGGUAAUUUCUUCAAAUAUUGAUCUGCUCCGAGAAAACAUUCUGAUUAAGUUUUAAGGUCCUUUGUUCUUGUCGAUUAAUAUGGGAUGAAUGUGCAGCAGAAAUCAUCAUUUCUUUGAGUCAGACGUGUUGUCACGUUUAAUGUUGUGGUGUUUUGUCUUUGUGUUCGGUGUACUAUAGUGUAGGAUUUAGAUGUCCGAAUGCAGAUAUUAAGUAGUAAAGGAGUGAGAAACAUCUAGUAGGAAUUGAUUAUAGAUCCGAAUGCAGUUUUGCAAUGUUAAAUUUCUAGAUUUGUAUGGGGAAAACAUGGAAUUAAAAAUAACCACAACAUAGGAUUGAUUGAGUCCUGCAUUGGUUUGAAUGUUUCAAUAAAGGUACCUGUACAUUUUAUUAUUGUGAUACUGUGACAGAGGCAAAUAAUAUUAAUUCAAUUAGAAUGGAGACGCAGAAAGCAUAGAGUGUUGCCAAUUUCUCUCUAACCGAGGAGGAUUUAUUUUUAAAUCACAUACAAUUAUGAAAUUUCAAAAAUAUGAUAAGUUAGUAACAGUAAAAACGUUGAGUUGCUGAUACUUUAAGUGGGAGAAACUGAAAAUAUUAAAAUUGUGUUUAAGAUAUUUUAAACUUUCCAAGAAUGGUUUAAUUAUAAAUGUGUGUUAAAAUAAUUCAUAAUUGAUUUUGGACAGACUUUUGGAUGAAAUGAAAAUUGGACUUACUUUCAAAAGUAAAAUAAUGUUUAUUCCACGGUCAGAGAUUUUGUGGUAAUGAAAAAGAUUUCAUGAAUGAUUGAGCAAAGCAAGUGACAUAGUAUACAAAUAUAGUGAAUAUAGUGAAAAUUGGAUAAAAAUAAUAUAAUUGAUGAUUAAAAAAAAAUGUAACAAACCACAGGAUAAGAAAAAAAUCAAAAAGACAAACUAUAAAAAGAGUCAUGCUCCAGUGAUUCCUGACUAUAAACUGGAGAUAAAGGAUUUACAUGUUGUUGAGAGAUAAAAUAAACAUAUUGAUCAGGAUAAAUAUGAGGAAAAGAACAUCUGGUUGUAAUUAAUGAUUGGUCAGUUAAUUAAUUACAGUAUCUUGGACCCUAGGGGGUAGAGAUUGAAAGGAUUGUAGGCGUAGUGAAAGAAGAUUAAGAGACAUUUAUAACUAAAUAGAUAGAAUUUAGAAUGGUUUUAUUGUCUGAAAGGGUUUUUUGUGGAACUUCACAAAGAUUCCAAGAAAUAGAUGAAAUCUGACUGGAAUUAGAAAUUCUAAACUGAUUUUCAUCAUGAAAAGUGCAGAUAUGUUUUAACAUUUACAAAAUUGAUAUAGUUGAGUGUUUGACAGUUAAACUUUUAUGAUGUUGAAAGGUCAACGGAAUAUGAACAAAUGGUUAAAUGUUAUUACAUAAAAUUGAUGUAAUUGAAUAUUGACUCUUAUAAUCAUAUUUGUACAUUUCCCUAGAGUGCCUCGUUAAUUGAUAAAUUUCACAAUAGAGUUGUAGAGUCAUUGAUGAUUGAUGGAGUGGCAAUAUCCUGUGGGAGGCCCCACAUUUAUUACACACAUUCACAGCAGCAUAUUUUACGUGUGUUGUGCUUCAGAAGUUUGUCAGACUUGGUAAAGUGAUACUGCACACUAAACAUUCUGGAUGCUGAUUGCUCCUCAGACAUUCUGAACUCCUUGGCUCUUUUGGUUUGUUUUGAGGGAAGUGUCUAGAGAAGAUUUGUUCAGUAGAGAAUGAGAGUUGAUGGGAUAUACAGCAACAAAGAAUGGGGGACAAUGCCUGCCACACACUAUAAUCCGUCCGGCACUUACAAUAGUUACAAAUAUGACACAGGACAAACGUCUUACCAAAGUUCAUAUCGUAGUCGAUUCCUUCAAGACCAGAAAGAUACCAGUGAACAGGGAACAUGCAUUGCAGACGACGACGAUGGUCACCUGAUAUAUCAAGCGGGAGACUUGCUACAAGCUAGAUAUGAAGUGGUAUCCACGUUAGGAGAAGGAACAUUCGGAAAAUGUGUGGAAGUCAAAGAUGUGCACAGAAAUCAGGAACAUAUUGCCUUGAAGAUCAUCAAAAACAUAGAAAAAUACAGAGAGGCUGCCAAACUAGAAAUCAAUGUCUUAGAAAAAAUACGGGAAAAAGAUCCCGAAGGAAGAUACCUAUGUGUUCAGAUGAUGGAAUGGUUCGACUACCACGGCCACAUGUGUAUAGCGUUUGAUAUGUUAGGUCUCAGUGUAUUUGAUUUUCUGAAAGAUAACCAUUAUAUACCUUAUCCAUUAGAUCAAGUACGACACAUAGCAUAUCAACUGUGUUACGCUGUAAAUUUUUUACAUGAAAACCACCUCACACAUACAGAUUUGAAACCAGAAAAUAUAUUAUUUGUAAAUUCAGAUUUUACCGGUGUAUAUAAUCCUAAAAAGAAGAGAGAUGAGAGAACAGUAAAAUGUACAGACAUUCGAUUGAUAGAUUUUGGUUCAGCAACAUUUGAUCAUGAACAUCAUAGUACUAUAGUCUCAACAAGGCAUUACAGAGCUCCAGAAGUUAUUUUAGAACUUGGCUGGGCUCAACCUUGUGAUGUAUGGAGUAUAGGAUGUAUUAUAUUUGAAUUGUAUACUGGUUUCACAUUAUUUCAAACACAUGACAAUAAAGAACAUUUAGCUAUGAUGGAGAGAAUAUUAGGAACCUUGCCAUACAGGAUGAUUAAAAAGACAAAAGUACCAGAUUUGUUCUGGCAUGGCCGACUUGAUUGGGACCCAACAACCAAUGCAGGCCGUUAUGUCAGAGAAAAUUGUAGGCCUCUUUAUAGUUAUAUAAGAGACAAGGGCAGUGAACAUCGACAGGUUCUUGAAGUUGUUGAAAUGAUGCUGGAAUUUAUGCCAACUGACAGAAUGAAACUUAAAGAUGCCAUGAAGCAUCCAUUCUUUCGUCCUGUUAAAAAACAACAUCCAAACAGAUACCCCGAAUACACUCCAACACCAGACAGGGAAGCUAAGUCUAAAUCCAGGAGGUCAUCACGAAUUGUUGAGGAAGUAAAGGAAGAGGAGGCACGAGAGAAAGCUGAAGAGAAAAAGGCAGAUGCAGCUUGUGCCAUGCAGUGUGAUGAUGGGAAUCUGGCCCCUCAGUUGUCCAUUGAUGAAAAAGAUGUUGAUGAUGUCAGAUAUGAGCAUAUUUUAAAGGACGAGGAAGCUCGGACGAAAAUUGAUAGUGAGCGUGGCCCAUUACAGCAUGGAAUCAAUCUCCCAGCUCUAGAGGAGGAAAAAUCUCAUUCUGAGCCAAAAAUAAUGAACAAUUUGAAACCACCAAGAAAAUUUGAAGAUGAUGAAAAGGAGAAACCGAAAUCAGAAGAGACUUGUAAAACAAGGUCAAGAGACAUUUUUGAUACUGAGAUGAAUUUGUUAAAUAUGAAAUUACGACAUAUCAAGGAAGAAUUUCAGAUGGAAUCAAAGUUGUCACCUCCAAAAAAGGUGGAGGUUGCCUCUGCCAGUAAUAAAGCGGGGAAAAAAGAAGAAGAAAACAAACCAAUGGAGGAAAAAUCAAAAUAUCAAAAGUUAAGUGAUGCUGCAUUGGUAGAGGCAAAUCUUACUCCUACACAGAUGGUCCGACAAUGGCUACAGACUCCGACACUAGGGGGAAAAUCAGACAAAAGUCCUCAAGGUUCUGUCAGUCCAGCUGUGGCCAGGAAGGACUUGGCCCACGUGAAGAGUUCUUGCAGUCCAUCCAGUUCAAAAGCAGACGAUGAACAAGGGAAUGCUGAAGACACAUCAUCAAGGAGGAGAAAUAGACGACAUCGCCAGGAUGCACAAGUCGAUUCUUUUGACAAUGAGGAGGUGACAGAUCUUGAUGCUAGACUUGAAGCAAGACGAGCUGCUAGACUAAAGAAGACUACCGAUAGUCAAGACGUCUCUCAAACCUCUCAAACCUCUAGCCUAGAUGAUUCAGAGGCAGGGGAGACAAGAGAACAAAGAGCUGCAGCAAGACGACUUCGUAGAAACAAAAAGGUAGUUGAGCAAGAACCACCUUCGGAACCUAAAAAACAAGAGAUUAGUAUGAGAAGUAUAUUUGACUUUUUCAAGAAAACAACCCCUGAACCCAUCAAACUAUAUCCUGAUUUAUUUGUUGAUCACUGUACCAAAGAAAAGAGUGAAUCAGUUAAAACUGACAAAUCAGAAACCUCAGAUUCCACAACUGCAUUGUCCAUAGAAUGUAAAACCAAUUGUGAUAAUACUGCUGAAGAAAUGGAAGCCAGAACAGAUGAUGCUGCAGAGACAAUAGAUACCACACUAGUCGAAAACGGACCUGUGGAGGCUAAUGUUGAAGAAAACGGACCUGUGACUGUGGAGGCUGAUAUUGAAGAAAAUGGACCUAUAGGGGACACUACAUUGAUAUCUGUGGAUGGGGAGGACAUUAAUGUGACAAUCACAGAAGAAAACAAUUCCAGGGUCGGGCCGCAAAAUGAUUUCACAGUUGUCGAGGAAAAGGAAUCUAAAGAAAAUAUUGAAAACGGUGACAAUGUUUCUGCUAGCGCUUUCAUGUGUGUGCCUACACAAACUAUAAAAUUUCCUGGAUCUCUGCAAAAUGAAGAAUCUGUGGACAGUUAAUGGUUUUCAU